CUGAUUUCCCUACUCUCUUCGUGGACCAAUUUUUUUUUCCCUACUCUCAUCUAUUUAUAUUCAUCUCUCUUUCUACUUUCACACUAAUCAAUUAAUUUCAUAUUCCUUCAAGAACUCUUUACCUAUCAAACUACUAGCUAGUAUUCCUUUUUGUUACUUAUCCACUUCCCAUUUUUUAAAAUCACCUCAAAGAAAAACAUAAAUUUGAAUUUGAACUUCUUUUUUUGUUAUGGCAUUGAUCAAGAUUCUAUCGGUUCCUUUCCUUUUUGUUCUCCUUCUUCUUUUCCCUCUCUCAUAUUCAUCAUCUUCAUCUCACAAACAUGGUACUAGCAAAAAAAGCCACCGACAACAUUCAUCACUUCCUAAUAUUAUUCAAAAACAGUCAUCACUUUCCACUUCUUUUGACUUCAAAUUCUCAGGUUCAGCAGGGCCAUUAUUGAACCAAGAAACCUCUGAUCAUAGAAGUGGUAAAUGGAUUCUUCUUCAAAAAUCCAUUGGUGUCUCUGCCAUGCACAUGCAACUUCUCCAUAAUAACAAGGUUGUCAUCUUCGACCGCACGGAUUUUGGUUCUUCUAACCUUUCCCUUCCUCAAGGCAAAUGCAGGUACAAUGACGAAGCCCUCAAAGUAGAUUGUACCGCUCAUUCUAUCCUUUACAAUGUUGCCACCAAUACAUACCGUCCUCUCAUGGUACACACGGACGUUUGGUGUUCAUCUGGUGCCGUUAACUCUAACGGCACCCUCAUACAAACGGGUGGAUACCAUGAUGGUGAACGUAAAAUACGUUUAUUUUCGCCGUGUAGUGAAGAUGAAGAAAUUUGUGAUUGGACGGAACUUUCACAGAAUCUUACCGUUAAAAGAUGGUAUUCUACGGAUCAUAUACUUCCAGAUGGACGUAUUAUAAUUGUUGGUGGAAGAAGUGCUUUUAGUUAUGAGUUUUUUCCACAAAAUACAAACAAUAAUGGUACUUUUUAUCUUCCAUUCUUGAAGGAAACAACUGAUCCAGAAGAAAACAAUCUUUAUCCAUUUUUGUACGUUUUACCCGAUGGAAAUCUUUACAUUUUCGCUAAUCAACGCUCCAUAGUGUUGGAUUACGUGAAAAAUAUAAUUAUUAGGGAGUUUCCCAGAAUUCCAGGUGAAAAAAGGAAUUAUCCGUCGACUGGAUCAUCGGUAUUGUUACCGCUGAAAUUAGUCGGCGGUGAUAAGUCACCAGUGGUAGAGGUGAUGGUAUGUGGUGGUGCUAGCAGUGGCACGUUUUCACAAGUGGGGCAGGGUGUAUUUAUGCCUGCUUCGAGGACAUGUGGGCGAAUUAAGAUAACGGAUCCGGAGCCUGUAUGGGUCAUGGAGGAUAUGCCAAUGGGUCGGGUCAUGCCCGAUAUGUUGUUAUUGCCUACAGGAGAUGUAAUUAUAUUGAAUGGAGCAUCAAAAGGGACAGCCGGGUGGGAAAGUGCAAUUGACCCGGUAUUGAACCCGGUUCUUUACAAGCCAAAUGAACCCGACCCGAGUGAGAGAUUCAGUGUGCUCAAGCCUACCAGCAUUCCAAGAAUGUACCACUCAGCAGCGACGUUAUUGCCAGAUGGCAGGAUAUUAGUGGGUGGAAGUAAUCCACAUGUAAGGUACAACUUCACAGGCGUAAAGUACCCCACAGAGUUAAGCUUAGAAGCAUUUAUACCACCAUAUUUGAGUCCACAACACUCUCAUCUUCGCCCAUCAAUCUUGACCGUUAAAGGACCCAUAUCGUACGGUCAGGAAUUCUCCAUCACAUUUACUCUCGGGUUUUCUCAGCCUACAAAGGACCUCAUGGUAACCAUGAUUGCGCCCUCAUUUACCACACACUCUUUCGCUAUGAAUCAACGGUUGUUAAUAUUGGACAUUGUGAAAGUUCAACAACUGUCAGGGUUCGCGCAAAGGAUUACAGUGUGUGCGCCUCCAUCGCGUAAUAUUGCACCUCCGAGUUAUUACAUGGUGUUUGUGGUUCACAAAGGCGUUCCUGGACAUUCAGCUUGGGUAAAAAUGAAGUAAUUUUGAUAACCACAUUUUUUUGGCGUUGGCUUUGGCACAACAACUCAGUGUAAUCUUAUAAGUGUGAUCUGUACGCAGACCUUACCCCUAUCUUUGUGGGGGUAAAUAAACCGUUUCCAAUAGACGUAAUGGAAUUGGCAUCGUGUGGAAUUUAAUAGGUGCAUUACUAUUUCACCUAUAGGUAGCUGGAAUACGAAAUUUGGUACAGUUGAUAAAAUGUCACCAUUUUUUCCCAAAGUGGGAAAAAAGGAUUGGCGUAGCUUGUAGUCGGUUAUAUUUUUGUUUAGAGGAUUUUUCCUUCUUUUGGUAUAGUUGCCUAGCUUUCACUAUAGAGGCCUAGGUGAGUUAUUGUUUUGAAUACAAACAAUAAGAGGGGCAGGGAAGAAGAUUCCUCCUUUUUUACAUGUAAAACUAUGUUUCGAGCAUGUAAAGUUUUUAAUACUAUUGCUUUGAUUAUGUGCACAAA